AUGGCCAUGGCUUUCGCCGCUUCCGUCUCCUCCGCGGCCGCGCUCCGCGUCAACGCGCCCGCCCGCAGCAGGUCCGCGCCCGCGCGCCGCGGCGCGCUCACGAUCCGCGCCGGGACCAUCUCUACGAACGACUUCAAGGUUGGCGUCAACGUCGAGGUGGACAACGCGCCGUACAAGGUGGUCGAGUUCAUGCACGUCAAGCCCGGGAAGGGCUCCGCGUUCGUGCGGUCCAAGCUGAAGAACUACCUCACGAAGAGCACGAACGAGAAGACGUUCAGGGCGGGGGAGAAGCUUCAGACCGCGGACGUGGAAAAGCGCACGAUGCAGUACACGUACAAGGACGGUGAGCAGUUCGUGUUCAUGGACAUGGAGACGUACGAGGAGACGCGCAUCGACGACGACGAUUUCUCCAAGUAUCUGCUGGAGGGGCAAAACUGCGAGGUGCUCUCGUGGAACGACAAGGUCAUCGGCGUGGACCUGCCUCUGAACGUCGAGCUCGAGGUGACGAUGACGGAUCCGGGCGUGAAGGGGAACACCGCGUCGGGCGGGGACAAGCCCGCGACGGUGGAGACGGGCGCCACGGUGAUCGUGCCGCUGUUCAUUCAGAUCGGCGAGAAGAUCGUCGUCGACACCACCAGCGGGAAGUACGUCCGAAAGGUGAAGAAGUGAGCGGCGGCGUCGUUGAAGGCGGCGAGUCGGGAGAUUACAUAAGCAUGGGGAGAUUACAUAAGCAUGGAUCGCCCGCGCGCACUUGGCUUGUAAUACGCAUCGCACUAUUAUCA